AUGCCAGCGGCCAGCUAGACAAGUUGGAGACUCUGUUUUUCCCCCCCUGUGACAUGUGCUUUAGUUGCAGCGAAAAGGAAAUGUGUCAUCUGUGGUUUGGUCUGAAAAGUGGAAAGCUAGCUGCACAUGUCCUUUUUUACUGCAGAUUUGCUUUACCGUUCGUAUUUCUCCAAGUCUGCCCUGCUUCAAAUUACUUGGAAGCUGUGCCUCAAGACAAGAAGUGGCUUAUUAAAAUAAGGUGAUAAUCAGAUUUUGACCAUUUUGUAAGAUCACCCGUACACUCAUGGACAUGAAACACAUACGACAUUACCUGCAUCUGGCCUUUCUGAUGACAACAGUUUUUUCUUUGUCUCCUGGAACAAAGGCAAACUAUACCCAUCUGUGGGCUAACAAUACUACUGUCUGGGAUCCAGAUAUUCAAAAUAAGACAGGCAGAAACCAAAAUCAAAACAUGAACACUAACUCAACAACUCCUAAAGUCGAUAAAAAGAGUAAUUCCACAAAUAUGCCUGAAAGAGCAACAUCAUCUCACACCGCAUCUUUAACUCCUGUAUCUGACCUGGAGUUUCAUACACCUUCUGUUCCGAGGAACAGCGCUCCAACAUCACAGAACAUCGAAAACACAAGCAAAAGCCACAGUGAAAUUUUCAAAAAAGACGUCUGUGAGGAAAACAACAACAAAAUGGCCAUGCUAGUUUGCUUAAUUAUAAUUGCAGUGCUUUUUCUUAUCUGCACCCUUCUAUUUCUAUCAACGGUGGUUCUGGCAAAUAAAGUCUCAUCUCUUAGACGAUCAAAACAAGCAAACAAACGUCAGCCUAGAAGCAAUGGUGAUUUUCUGGCAAGCAGUGGUCUAUGGCCUGCUGACUCAGACACUUGGAAAAGAGCAAAACAGCUCACAGGGCCCAACCUAAUGAUGCAAUCUACCGGAGCACUCACAGCACCGAGGGGAAAAACAGAUGAAGGAGGAACUGAAAAACUCACUAACAGGUGCUUUUGUGAAGAAAAUGCAAAGUAACAGUGAGAAACUUUAUGGAGUAAAAACAAAGCCACUUUGCUAUUUAACGCCAACACGUUGGUCAGAUGGCCUAAAAUCUGACAUCGCAGGCCUUGCAAUUUAGACUUAAGCAGGUGGAAACGGGAGACGUAUGCCUGCUUACUUCAUUAUUUAAGUUGUGCACUUCUGUUCUGACACUGAAUAUUUUAAAAAGCAAUAAUAAAACAACCAAAAGUUUAGGCAAGUUUUAAAAAAUAAGUUGAAGGAACUGACUAACAGAGGUAGAAAUGGACAAUUAAAUAUUUCUUGUCUGACUAUAGUAGUUAGAUGAUCUUUGUCUGAAUAUCAGUGAACUUUGAAGAGUUUCAGUGUGUCCUCAGAGGCAAGUAAAUGCUUUAACAUCUAACAGAAAUCAAAUUCCUAAUGUGCAGAGUUGGACUGUAUAGUUUAAUGGUACCUUCUUUGCUGAAUGUGACAAAACCCGUAUCAGCUCUUAUAUCAACACAGCUAAUUUUCUGCUAGAUGUUUUCAUCUUUACAUAUGACACACACAAGAGUUUUUCUACUAUAAAUAUUUAACUAAAACUUUUAAUUUUGUAUAAUAAAUUAAGACUUGUCAGAAUAAAA